AUGAGCCCCACGGAAAAACGCAGUACCAAAAAGAUGCUUCAAAAGCAAUCGCAGAAAAUCGAUCGAGACAAUGGCCAAUUCUCAGAACGAAACGCACCACCAGCCUCCAUCCGCAUGAGAAAAGCCCCACUUGCAGCAGGGUCAACUUCAACAUUGGAACGAAUGCCGCUUGAGAUACGAAGGGAAAUAUUGAAAUAUCUUUUGCUAAAUCCUGAGCUGGGCAGAGUCUCAUGCAUUCAUAGCAAUGAAGGAUGGGGGUCCAAAAUCAAGUACGGACUCCAGCCCGCUAUUCUACGCGUCUGCAAGGAAUUCCACGCUGAAGGAGUGGAGAUGCUUUAUGGAGAAAAUUGGUUCUUCAUAGAAUGUGUUCUGCCAGCUCGGGACCAUUUGCUUCACCGCUGCGCUUUAACCAGGUUUUGCGAGGUUGCGUGCCCUGAGAGCUUGCAUUCACCAAGAGAACUAGCCAUCAAUCAUCUGAGAACUGUGCCAGGUGUGAAGCGCAUCAGACAUUGGAAGAUAUUAAUAGCCCCGAUGCGCAUUAGCGCGCGUAACAACGUUAUAAACCUUUGUCGAUCUAUUUGCCACAAUGGAAUAAAGUCGAUGAAAUUUGUGAUUGCGCUUUGGGAUAAUCUGGAGUAUCCAAAUUUAUCGAGAGCAGGUCCCGGAGGGAGUGCUGCAAAAAAUGAAACAACGGCUAAGAUAAUACAGCACGUUCUUUCACCCUUGGAGAUUCUUCGGUGUGCUGGAAAAGUUGUGAUUCGUGGAGCAGAUCCAGAGGAAGUGCCUGACUUUCUCUUUCGAGGAGAUAGACAAGGUGACUCUGAAGUCGAACACUUCCACGAAGUGUUUUACGCUUUUCUCAAUUACGCCCAGACAUUUGAACGGAUAUAUAAAUUUCAAAAGGACACAACCGGCGAUAGUCUUUAUCAAAGUCCAUACGUGGCGAAAAACCCUUUUCGUGGGACCCAUCCUGUAGAAUCCGCUUUGCUAAAGGCUUUACAUAUGCAAAUGAACGAGGAAGCAGGAUUACAGGAUAUUUCCGAAUUAAAAAUUCUUCGGUCAAAUACCGUACAGUUCCUCGAGAGACAGUAUCAUAGAAUUCAGCAAGCCGCCAAUGAUUUGGUCAGAUUUGUUAAAGACCAAAAGGUUAGCGGUGGUCUGCUUGAUCCUGUUAAACCAUCACCAUUUGAAUCGUCUCCUGGAGUGCAAAGCGAGGGACUUGUUUUGUUGAAGAACUAUGCGGAAUCCUUUGACAGAGACCUAACAACAGCAACCAAGAUUGCCAUUUGCAGAUUGAAUGGUCAGUAUGAGAUGACAUUCGAAGUGUUUCCCCGAGAGAUUGCCAUCAAGAAAUGCGCAAAUGCUUAUGGGGGUAGAGACGUGGAAGCAUUCGUGGCAAACUUCAAGUAUGCUGUCGACGAUAUGGAUAUUCAAUACCUUGCCAUCCGCAAUGCGAGGAAGCGGCUCUUUGAAUGGGAUUUGGAGGGUCCAGACUAA